AUGUCUGAUAUUAAACUCGAACAUUUUCAAAAGGUAUUAAAAUCGAAAAAUACCUUUGAAUAUUAUCUUUAUUUAAAAAAAAUAUUAUUUUCGUUAAUCGUGAAUUUGGAAUCUUUGAUUAAAAAUUUAAUUCGAUUAAAUUUUCCAGAACUUUAUAAUGAUUUUAAUAUCGAAUUACCAGGUAUUAAAACUAAUUUGUCAUUUUUCAAAAGUUUUGCUAUAAAUUUAAGCAUAACGGAUGAAAAUGAUGAAUUAAAUUCAAUAAGACAAGGUGCUACUGAUCCUCACAAAGACAAACAUGAUUGCAAAUAUGUAUUUUACGUAAUUGUGGUCUUUGGAAAAUUUGAAGGCGGAGAUUUAGUUUUGAGUGAAAUUGGUAUCGUAAUAGAAGUAAAACUAAUUCUUUCUCCUAUUACUUCAACUUAUUUACCUAUUAAUCCUUGGAUACCAAGUGCAAAAUUUUUAAAUCUUCAAACUAAAUUCAAUUUAAAUAUCUUAAAUCAAUUCAUUUAUGCUGCAUGUGCAUUUUGUGGACGUUUAAUGUAUUCUGAAAAAUGUGAAUGGCUAAAUUAUGAUAAAACUUUAUUUUAUCCUCUUUUACAAGCAUAUCCCGAAAAACAACCUGAAUUACUAUUAACAUUUCAUGUUAAACCUCCAAAACGUAUUGCUAUAUGUUUAUCGUGUAAAGAUCCUACAAAAAGAUAUAUAUUUUCAUUUCUUUAUCCUAUUCCAAAUGAAAUUCAAGCGGUACCUUUAAAAAAAAGAAUAUAUUUAUCUCCUGUAUUUAUGCAUUGUUCCUUAGGUAGAAAUUCUAACUAUAGUACAAUGUAUUCAGAAUACAAAACAUUAACUGGUACAAUGAAUUUCUCAAAAAAUAUGCGUUCAUUAAUAUUAUAUUCUGGAAUGGUUGGUGCUUAUCUUGAAGAUAAUAAUCCAAUGGCAGAUACUUCUUGGCUUAAUGAUACAUUAAUCACAGCAGCUGAUUGGCUAAAAUUAUAUAAUCCUUUCUUAAAAAAUUAUUCACGUCUUUUAAAUCUUUCUGGUUCUAAUACUGCAAAUCCAUUUCCCA